GCUCUGCUCUUCAUUCACGGGGAGAAAAGAUCACAGCCUAAGUCAGGCUACGACUAGACGUAUCUCCCGUUUGACUAGUAUUGUUGAAAUGCCUUCGUCGAUAGCAAAGGGAAACAGGUUAAUAGCUGUUAUAACAAAUUAAACUAACGCAAUGUUAAGGUUCAUUACUGUAGUAAACGCUGUCUCUGCCGAAUAGACUAAACUGUCAAUAAUCAGGACUAGAGCAGUUUAGCUAGCCGGCUAACUACCUGAGCUGGCUGCUUUGAUGUGUGCUCUCGGAGGAAAGGUGUCCACUGUGCUGUAGCUGCAUGUUUUUCACCUUGACUUGACGUCGACAUGGAGCUGUUUCAGGCGAAAGACCAUUACAUUCUCCAGAGUGGAGACAACGCUCUGUGGUGCAGCCGGAAGGAUGGCUCCAUGUCCGUGAGACCCGCAACUGACCUGCUACUAGCUUGGAAUCCCAUAUGUUUGGGACUGGUGGAGGGCGUUAUUGGAAAAAUCCAACUUCAUGCUGACUUUCCUCUUGGCCUGAUACUGAUUCGCCAGAAAGCACUUGUGGGUUUACUGCCAGGAGAACACAAGGUGUACAAGAUCACAAAAAUAACCGUUAUCCCACUCUCAGAUGAUGAACCACAGGAUCUGGAAUUAGAGCUUUGUAAGAAGCACCACUUUGGGAUCAACAAACCAGAGAAAAUUACCCAGUCUCCAGAUGAGUCUAAGUUCCUGCUGAAGACUUUGAGUCAAAUCAAGUCCAAUGUUGCUGUUCCCAUCAAGAAAAAGGUCAAAGAGAACAAAGAAAAGGAGCGUUUGGAGAGGAGACUGCUUGAUGAGCUCUAUAAGAUAUUCAUGGACUCUGAUUCCUUUUACUACAGCCCCACUUAUGAUCUUACGAAUAGUGUACAAAGACAGGGAGCCUCAGAAAAGUCUGAUCUGCCCCUGUGGAAACGGGUUGAUGACAGAUUCUUCUGGAAUAAACACAUGAUACAGGACCUAAUUAACCUGCAGGUUCCUGAGGUGGACUUUUGGGUGGUGCCCAUUAUCCAAGGCUUUGUGCAGGUAGAGGAGCUGGUGGUGAACUACAACGAGAGCUCAGAUGAGGAAAAAAGCAGCCCAGAGACACCACUGCAAGAGCAGCACACCUGUGUGGACGACAUUCACCCUCGCUUUACGGUGGCUCUCAUUUCCAGACGCAGCCGUCACCGCGCUGGCAUGCGCUACAAACGGAGAGGAGUGGAUGCUGAUGGACAUGUGGCCAACUAUGUGGAGACAGAGCAGCUAAUCCACGUGCAUAAUCACACACUGUCAUUCGUGCAGAUACGAGGCUCCGUCCCAGUGUUUUGGAGCCAAGCUGGGUACCGCUACAAUCCCAGACCACGUCUAGAGAAAGGAGAGAAAGAAACCACUCCCUAUGUCUCUUUGCACUUUGAGGAGCAACUUAAAAUUUAUAAAAAACUGGUCAUUAUCAAUCUGGUGGACCAGAAUGGGCGUGAGAAGUUGAUUGGUGAUGCAUAUCUUAAACAGGUGCUGCUCUUCAACAACCCCAACUUAACCUAUGUCUCAUUCGACUUCCAUGAGCACUGUCGAGGGAUGAAGUUUGAGAAUGUCCAGACACUCACAGACGCCAUCUCUGACAUCAUCACAGACAUGCGAUGGGGAUGGGUGGACCAAGCAGGAGUCAUCUGUACACAAGAUGGCAUUUUCCGAAUUAACUGCAUGGACUGCCUGGACAGGACUAAUGUAGUUCAAGCAGCCAUUGCGCGUGUGGUCAUGGAAAAGCAGUUGAAGAAACUGGGGGUGAUGCCCCCAGAACAGCCACUGCCCCUCAAAUGUUACAGGAUCUACCAGGUGAUGUGGGCCAACAACGGAGACACCAUUAGCCGCCAGUAUGCUGGCACAGCUGCUUUAAAGGGCGAUUUUACACGCACAGGAGAAAGGAAACUGGCUGGUGUGAUGAAAGACGGAGUGAACUCAGCCAAUCGCUACUAUUUAAACCGAUUCCGUGAUGCAUACAGACAGGCUGUAAUCGAUCUCAUGAUGGGGCUCCCUGUUACUGAGGACUUGUAUUCUAUCUUCAGCAAAGAGAAAGAGCAUGAAGAGAAAGAGAAAGAGAGCCAGAGAGGAGCACAGGAACAGGUCAGCCUCCUCCUCCAGACAUACAUGCAGCUACUGCUGCUAGAUGAUGAGAAGUUCCAUGGAGGCUGGGCCCUUAUUAACUGCGACCCCAGUCUAAUGGCAGUGGCACGAAGUCUGAUUGAUGCCACACACAAAGAUGUGGACGUUCUAUUACUGCUGUCCAACUGUGCAUAUUACGUUGCUUACUAUGAUGAGGAGACAGAUAAAGUUAACCAGUACCAGCGUCUUGGUUUAGAAGGCUUGGAAAAGAUUGAAAUAGGCCCAGAGCCUACUCUCUUUGGCAAACCCAAAUACUCCUGUAUGCGACUGCAUUAUACCAAUGGGGAGACUAGUGGCUAUUUCCACACGCUGAGGGCCGUCACACGGAACCCAGAAGAUGAUGGAAAAGACACCCUGCAGUGUAUAGCAGAGAUGCUCCGUAUAACUAAACAAGCUAUGGGUCUCGACUUGCAAGUCAUUGAGAAGAAAUUGGAAAGGAAGCACAGCAAACCUCAUGAAGACAUCCUGGGCAUACAGGGAAAAGCCACUGAGCCAGCACUUGGCUCAGGCUUAGCUCAGGGCAAAAGUUUCUUCUUGAACAAAUUCUCAUCCUUAAAUCAGAAAGUAAAGCAGACAAAAACUAACGUAAACAUUGGAAACUUCAAGCCGCUAGGCAGACUAGAGGUGAAGGUAAACUUCCUAAAGCCCAACAUGAAGGUGAACCUUUGGAAAUCAGACAGCAGUUUAGAGACUUCUGAUGGCAAUCCAGGCCCUGGAGCUAUGAAGGACCUUUGUAAUGACCGUUCAGAUCUAGAGAUCUCUGACGACUCUGACUCUUAUAACUCAGAUGAGCAGCCAUGCUCAGGUUCCCUGGAGAAUGUUGACUAUGUACUUCCCAGUUGUGGAAUUGUAGCAUCUGCACCUCGACUUGCCAGCCGGUCCCAGUCCAUUGGAAGUGUUGAAAUUGCUGUUCCCUCUAUUAUUCGUGUCACAAGUUGUGAGAACAAGUUAGGGGACAGCUUGUCUGUUGAACCCAACUCUCAGUCCCCUGGUACAGCCUCAGAAGCAGAGGAGGCCAUCUUGAUUGACUUUGGGACACCAAUCGAUGCUUACUGCCACCAAUUUGUCCAGGAUGCCCAGACCAAACCGGUAGAAGUGUUCGAAGAACGCCCAGUCCUGCCAGCAAAACCACAAGUACCUGAGGGUCUCAAAGCUCCUCCAGAUUCAGGCUCAAAGCCAGAAACCUCAAAUACCCAGCAGCAGCAACUUCCUCGUCCAUCUCAGCUCGAUGUGGAGCCUUCCAUCUCAGGAGGAAAACUCCUCACCGUCCAGCCCCCAGGUUCUGCCGCAUCAUGUAGCUCCCAAAAGAGCCUUGGCUCCAUCUUGGAAGGGAGUCUAGGACCUUCUCCAGCAGACAGUAACGGAAGUCGUGUGGUGUCCCCCUUUGCUAAGAUUAAGAGCUCUGUAGUGCAAGUGGCUAACAUGACGCAGGCCGGACUCACUCAAGGUAUAAAUUUUGCUGUGGCGAAAGUUCAAAAAAGUCCAGAGCCUGAAGCUGUCAAUGAAACACAGCAGAAUGAAUUGCGAGCUAUGUUUACACAGUGCCAGACUAGGAUCAUUCAGAUAUAACGUGUUUGUUUGGCCUCAUACAGAUGCAUUUUUAGUGUAGAUUGUGACUUCUAGCACAGUAGCAGUAGCAUAAGUUUGCACAAAAAAAAAUGUACAGUCAAUUACUCCAUAUUUCCGCUCCAGUUAAUGUAACUGAUGUUUACAGCCAGUGUUGUGUAGUAUAUAUAGUAUACCUAAGCUUAACCUGACUGUGCCCUUAUUGCGAGUAAAAUCCUUAACAUUACAUUAACUAUACAUUGCUGGUUUUGCAUGUUGAGAAAUCUUAGGUAGAUUGGGGCAAGCAAGUCUUAUUGCAUGUCGAGAGUCAAGAUCUAGUUUAGUCACGUGUGACACCUGCUGUGCAGUACUCUUCUUUGCAUCUGUCGUUGUAGCUAUAGCCGAACCGUGUAAUUAAAAACAAAAAAAACUCAGUCAGGCUCUAAUAAUAUCUAUUUGAUGGGCAGCUCAGUAUUAGACAUUAGAAAAGGAGGAAUGUAAACAAAGCUCCAUAUAAAGAAUUGUAUCUGUUGUGUUACAUGUCAAUAGAAAUAUACCAAUGUUAGGACCAGAAUUCUACUUUAUACUCUAUGGUAAAAUAUUGUCCAGUAAACUAUUGAGUCUUCAGAAGUAGGGCCUUCCACUUCAUAUAUUAAAUAGAAUACAUAUAUUUGCAUAAAAUUUAGCGAUUGCAAUGAUGGGAAAGUCACUUGACCUCAAAGUCCUUACUAACAUUUCAUUUCUUUUUUUUUUUUUUUUUAUUAUUAACUGUUCAAUUUGAGAGUUUGCAUAAGGUACAAUAAGUAGAUCCAUCAAAACUUGAAUGUUAAAUUAUUGAUAGUAAACAAGUAAGAAGUGGAAUAUUAGAUCAAAAGUGCAGACUCCGGUGGAAGACUGCCUUUCUCUUCUCCUUGCUUUGGAUUUUAAUGUAAUGUACAUUGUGCUAAAUACAGUACUGAUUUUAUUUCUAAUGCUGCUGAAAACGCUACAACUUGGUAACAAGAUUCAUAAGCAAAUUACUUAUUGUACCUUUAAUCGUGUGGGGAAAAUAUACUUAAAAUUAUUUCUUACUUAUUAAUUAUUAGAUUAUGCAAAGAACCUGCUUAGGGGUUUUUUCCCCCCAGAAAUGCUGUAGGAUAAUGGUAAAGUGGUCAGUGUCUUAAAUUAUACUUGUAUAAAAUGUUUCAUUCUAACAGAAGGGUUUAUUUACAAAGUGAACCUGCAUCAAGUAUUUGCUUGACAAAUAUAUUUUGAUAUU